AUUUAAUAUACCUAGGUAAGAAUAUGCCGCUUGGGAGAGAGCCAGCAGUACGUGAUGCUAUACAGUACCCCGCCUCUCUGCUGGGGACAGGAAUACGCCCAGCUUGGCAACCCCCCACGGUUCCAUGGCUCGCGAGAGAAGGAGGCCCGAAACGCGGGUCAAGCUUUGUGGAUUUCCCACAAAUUUAGGUGGGUUACCGAUGACUAGCAGCAGCUGCUGAUCACUGCUGUGAGUAUGGCGCAUGCGUUCGUUAGGCGUCCGCGCCACGGCUGGGUUGCCCGAACCCGGACCCGAUAAUGGACUCGGGGACGACUCCCUCGUGCUGGGUGACGAUAAACUCAAGGGAAUCGCCCGGUUUCAGGAAGGGAUCCACCACCACGAGACCGACGUGGGCAAAUAUCGGCUUUAUACCAGGACACGAGAUGGCCUGCUCCGAAGGCAUGCCGAUUUACGACUUCCGAUCGCUACGUACGAGCAUGUCAUACUUGACGAACACGCGGCGUACAGAACUUUUAAGGCGAACAGUAUCCCGAAGACAACCUAGAAAGACGACGAGAUAGAGGAAUGGGAGCGCUUUAUUCGCGUUGCUAUAGCUAAGUCUAAGCGCCUUAUAAGUCUGAAAGCCGUUGGCAGGCUCUAGGGUCAGUGGAC